AUGUUUAAUACAAUUGUACUUUUCCCAUUAAUUAAUUUUUUCGUUAUUUUUACACAUUUCUCCAUUGCUGAACAGGACGAUAUUCAACCAAAUAAUGCCUCUUCUAGUUUGAGAGAUUUAAGACGCGCCCCACAAAGAACAGAGGAGCCAAAAUGUGGCACAGCAGAUUUAAGUUAUCAACCUUGUACAAGCAAAACGGUGGCAAACAAAUUGUUUCUUGCUUGUUGUGAACAAUUUGUAGCACCCGAAUGCCACUUUCUCUGUCAAUAUGAAACGGAUCAUGCUGCAGCUAAGAAAUUGAUUCUCCAAUCAUUAAAUUCUCGUUGUGGUCUAAAAUCGCUUUCUGGAGUGCUCUACUGUGCAUCUCAAAAUAGAAAUAAUCAACAAUGCUGUCAAGAUUUGGAUUUAAAUUCUCCCCAACUUUUGGUCGGAAGUCGCUGUCUUCGAAUGUGUGAUCCAGGAGGAUCUCAACUUGGCCGUUUAACUAAAGACGACGCUACUUGCCUGUACAACUGGAACGUGAUUAUGUACUGUCAUUAUUCUGGAAUUCGGGAAAUGUAG